UGUUGCACGUUUGAGAAAAAAAGUUACAAUUUUAUGAUUGUUUUUCUUCCGAUUUUACACACAUAAAUAAAUGCCGAUGUUGGAAGGAAAGCGGAAAGCUGAGGAGGGGGCAUUGGUCCACCUAAAGAGACCCAGGAAUGAGUUGGUCUCAUCGGCCGUAGGAGGUGGAACGAUGGUCCAAGCGGGACCACCGCGAACAUCGAGCCUUCUUGCUCCGAUCAUGCUGCUGUCUGGUCAUGGAGCAGAAAUCUUCUCCGCUAAAUUCCAUCCCGAUGGAAACACUCUAGCAUCAGGAUCAUUUGACAGGAAUAUCUUUUUAUGGAGUGUGUACGGUGAGUGCGCCAACUAUGCAGUGCUUUCUGGGCAUCAAGGAGCAAUCAUGGAACUACAGUAUACGACUGACGGUCAGCUUGUGUCAUGCAGCACAGAUAAACUGCUAUGUCUCUGGGACACCGAGACAGGGACUAGAAUCAAGAAGAUGAGAGGACACACGGCGUUUGUUAAUUCAGUUUAUCCAGCAAGACGAGGACCUUCGUUGAUAGUCAGUGGUGGGGAUGAUGGAACUAUAAAGCUUUGGGACAGUAGAAAGAGAGGAGUGGUGCAAACUUUCCAGAAUACUUACCAAGUUCUCUCUGUUACCUUCAAUGAUACCAGCGAUCAAAUUGUCUCAGCUGGAAUUGAUAACGAUAUCAAGGUUUGGGACUUGAGAAAGAAUGGGAUGUUAUAUAAGAUGCCUGGACACACAGACUCAGUGACUGGUUUAUCGUUGAGUGGUGAUGGGUCGUAUCUACUCUCCAACUCUAUGGACAAUACAUUACGAAUUUGGGACAUUCGACCUUUUGCUCCUCAAGAAAGAUGUGUAAAGCUCUUCCAAGGCGCACAACAUAAUUUUGAACAGAACCUGUUAAGAUGUGCUUGGUCACCCGAUGGUAGUAAGAUAGCAGCUGGUUCUGCUGAUAGAUUCGUCUACGUAUGGGACACAACAUCAAGACGUAUUCUCUAUAAACUACCAGGACAUUCUGGAUCUGUUAAUGACAUUGCAUUCCAUCCAAAUGAACCAAUAAUUCUCUCAUGCUCGAGUGAUAAACAGAUGUAUCUUGGAGAAAUCAUGUGAUUUGCCAUAUCGACCAAUCACAGAGAAGGAUGUUUAUCAUGUGAUGUAUAUUAACCAAUGAAAGACUUUUUUUAUAACAUGGAAAGUGCCUUAGAGUGUUGCUUUCUAAGACUUUCAAACCUUGGUCUUUGGGAAAAAUGAAAAGCUGACCAAAAUUUGUUUUUCAGUGGAUGGUCAGCAGGACCAGUUAGCUUGUCCGUCAGCCUUUUUAUCAGUGCAUAAUUCAUAUUAAAUAAGGAUGCUUUUCAAUACUGACCUAGCCAGCCAGACUACUUGGAUAGAACAUUUGGCCAGCGGACCACUGUUAGGGAGAACGCAGCUGAAACGUUUCGGAAAUCCUCAGUUCAGUGUUAUAUUGUCAUAUGAAAGCUGUCGGUUUUUAUGCUGCAGUGAAUGUACAUAACAUGUAUGUGCCUAAAACGGGGUACAAUGUGGACCAUAGUAAGGCAUGCCAGAGACAUUUUAGACAAUGCAUUUAGAACUAAAUAUGAAAGCUGUCGGAUUUAUGCUGCAUUGAAUGAUACAUGUAUGUGCCUAUAAAGGCAAACCUUAAACUUCCUUUUUGAAGGGGCACAGCAAUUUUCUCCUGGUAAGGGGCACUUUAUGGGGAAAAUGGAAGUUUGUAUUUUAGCCUUGGAAGGGGCAGCGCAGCAAAAAGCAAAAGCACAGGUCACCACUGCAAUUGUUGUGGGUGCCAUGGGUCAUUUUAAACCUAUAAAGGGGUUAUAGUUUGGCCACAAUAAGGCAUGCCAUGAAGUCACAGAGGCAUUUCGGACAUCCCCCUUUAAAAAAAGAAUUCCAUUUUUUUUUCCAAGGCAUAUAGACGAUGUGACCUCUGACGUCACUCAAAACCAUAACAUGAAUUGGGCGCAUACCACCGAGCAAAACCUUUGUGUUUUGGCAGCCAGCUAGAAAGUGCACACAAUCUUACCGUGACUAUGUGUCUUUUUGCCCGGCGCGUGAACAGUGUUUUGUCAACAGAGGGAGGUUUGAAUGUAAACAUAGGUCACGUCGUCUGUAAAGUGACAUGCCUGCAAAUAAACAUUUUUGGGCCAGAAGCAGGAUUGCAUACAUGACGGCUAAAAUGUUAGCCAUGUAAGAGUGCUCGGCCAAAAUGUUUUAAAUGACAUUGUGUUCUAAUUUUUUUUCUUUGAUUUCUUUUAUUCUGAUGAUAGAAUGUGCAAACGGUAUGUUCAAGAAGUAAUUACUUCCAAUUGUUUUGAUGGUCCUUGGCGGGCUAAAAGAGCAUCAUGAUCUUUGUUAAAAUCCACACUUUUUGUCAAGUAUUAUUUUGUCUUUGUUACUGACUGCUCUUUGAUGGCUGCUCCAUCUUCCGACAGCCCCUUAUGAUCUAUAUGCAAGGGUGAGUGUCAAGCUCUGUUCGUACUUCCUACAAAUGCGAAGCAAAUUUUGACGUCGAAGCUCCAUUUUUCGCUGCGAGGGUUUCGCAAGAGUUGAGCACACUUCAACUGAUGUGAAUAAUUUGAGGCGAAUUUAUGACUUAAAUAUUUGUAUCACAUUCACAUUUGCGGGAAGUAUGAACCGGGUUUUACAGUUCGGAAAAUGAAACCUUAGGGUUGUCGAAACAUAAAUGUGUUUCAUAUGUUUAUACUGGACUGAAAGUAAAGGGAUGAUUUGCCAAAACAUACAGUAAGUUUAAGUGUCGGGUACAUUGUCAACAUAUUUUAACUACGUUUGAAUUCUUGGAUUUCAGAUUAAGACUUCACUGUACUUCAUAUUCAUUUUUUGUUUGUCUCAAAUUUGAUCCGACCUUUUAGGAUGUACAUGUACUUUUGUUAAUACUUUGUGUAGUUUUACUUUCAAUAAAACAUUUUGUACAGAA